AUGGUUCUUUUGAACGAUGAUCAGGUUGAAUACAUAUGCAGAAAGCUGAGGGAAGACAGAUGUGUAUUUGGAGGCCUGCAGGUUGUGUUUGUUGGUGAUUGGUUUCAGCUGACACCUGUCGCAAACAUUCUCAACAACGAUCCAGGACGGCAAUGUUUUUUGGCUGAUGUUUGGAGGGAUGCAAUAAAGCACAAAGUCGUCUUAACUGAGGUUAUGCGACAGAAAGAUCAUAAACUUAUUGCUGCGGUAAAUGAACUUGAAAGGGGAUUCCCGUCAGAGUCAACCCAUAGGCUUAUGGAAAGCCUCUCCAGAGCAUUGGCCCCUGGUGACAAACCAUUGACAUUAUACGGGACAAAUUUUGAAGUGGAUUGGCACAAUGCCAGUGAAAUUUCAAGCUUACCUGGAGAUGUCAUGAUUUAUAGAUCAACAGAUUCUGGAGUUGUCAGCAAGCUGAGACUAACAACAGCCAAGAAGGUGCUCAGCUUGAAAGUGAACUGUCCGGUUAUUCUGUUAAGAAAUCUAGGACAAGGUCUAGUGAAUGGUUUGCAGGGCACUGUGACUAGACUUGACGAAGACGGACCAACUGUCCAAUUUCCAGCUUGCUCAAUGAAACUGAAGACAGUGAUGUUUUCUGUGGUGGACAGCUGCAACAUUGGUGAAGCAGAACGUGAACAGUUUCCUAUUGCGCCUGCAUUUGCGCUUACAGUGCAUAAGGCACAGGGUUUGACACUGCCCAGACUUAUAGUCAACUGUAAGAACAUUUUCAACCCGGGGCAACUGGGUGCUGCAGUUGGGCGAGCUGUUGGGGCAGCCGUACUGAACUACAAAAGAGAGUGCUCAAAAAGACACCAAGAAGAAGUUUACAGCUUCUUCGAUGAGCCUGGUCUUCCUGUGAAGGACGAUGACAUGUCAUGUUGUGAUGAGGCUGCUCCAGAGGUCCCAGCACUGUCAGCUGAAGCAAGAUACCAAGACUGUCAGGUUCAAGGUAUUCUGAUGUCGUUCAAAACCGACAAUGCUGUAACACCGCAGCAGCAGAGCAUUAAUGAAGCCAUUGUUUUUCUUCAGAGAAAUCCAGAGAAGUUGAAGCUUUUCUUUGAGGAUCAACACCAAAAAAUAACCAGACUUUUCACUGAGUGUGGCGCAGGAAAGAAGGUGAAAGAUGAAACAGCUUUCAUGAAAAAGUUCCAUGCCUACCUUUUGACACAUUAUUAUCAAAAAAGUUCUCGUGAACUGCUCUCACCUUUACCUGUGAAUAAGCUUCUUUUGUGGGACAUCAUUACAUCCAUCAGGACAGAUGUCACAGCUGCUCAGAAAUCAGCUAGAUCACUCCAGGCGGACUUGGGAUCAAUUCACAUGGAUGUCACUGAGGGCGAAGCUGAUAUACCAGAAACUGGAUAUUCUAAAGUGAGAUAUGAGGCCGGCUUUACAGUGGCAAAACUGAAAAACCACUACAUGAACCUCGUUAGGAAUUCUCUUCAUGCCCUCAGGAUCAAACUUGUCGUCAAAAAACAAAGUAUCCCGCUAGCCUCGCAGAAGUGUCAAGAAAACACCAACAUCUCAGACGAAUGCUUUGCAUUCUUCCUUUUACUGGAAAAGAAGAGAUUACCAUUGUAUGGGCAGAAGUAUUUGGACCAAUACAAAUCAGAUUUGUUGACACAUAUCCAUUCAUGUGUUCUGGCAAAUACGUCUUUAUUUCAAACAGUUGCUGGCCUGUUUGUAAAGUUUAUCUUGGCAUGGUUUCCAACGGGGCGAGAAGACAUCAGAUGCAUACUGGAAGAUCUUACCCUUGGAUGCAGCAUUGUCACAGAUCUGUUCACCCAAAUUGUGAACAGGUACUUGAAUGUCACAGAUUCAGAGUUCAGAAGGAAAUUGCUUGAUGAAAUGGGGAGGAUGAAGACAUUGGAACACCGCAAGCAAGUUCUUCUGAAAAAGACAUCCAAGGUUCAAGGAUCAGCUUUGAAGGAUGACAAGUCGAAAAGAAAAGCAAGUUUCACAUUUGAAGUUGAAAGGCACUGUGAUUCAGGAUGUAAAGCAGUUGGCCAUAUUCACAAAGGAAGAGCUUGUCCGUAUUGGUGCAGCAUAAGGACUCACCCUAAGCAAGUUGAAAAAAGGGACAUUCUAAUAGAGAGUCUAAUGGAUCAGCUGCAGCAAUUGUGACCAGUGGUACCAUCGAUCUUGUGGGGGAAUCAAGUACGAAAAGGACUGGGAGAAAUUCUCAACUGAAGAGGUCCCAUGGUUUUGUCCAUUCUGCUG